CGUCAGCAUCAUGCGCCACAAUGACCCAAAUUGCACGUCAGUAUCAAAGUACUUUUUGACUCUGAUGUUAGCAUGUUUGUUUAAGUAAAGUAUCGUCGCUUCUAUGUUUCUGUAGCCUACAGUAAAUUAUGUAAAUUCUGUAUGUUAAAGUAAUUUUUUGUAUGCUAACAAGCUAGCUUGGUUUGUUGGCUGGCAGUGCAGGUAACAGAGUUGAAGCUAACUGAUAUUUACAAUGGCUUAUAGACAGAUACUGCAAUCCCUUCACCGCAGUUUGCAUCAGAGCGCGUCACAGUAUGCUAGGCAGACAUGCAGACUCACACAGGUUACCUUGCACAACCGCACACACAGAGCAGUUUCUACUUUAUCAAGACUGACCUUGCAGAGGAGAGACGAGGAGUCCUCUUCUGUGCUGAGCUGCUUCACUCAGGUGCCGACACGGAGGAGCAUUUCCCUUGACUUUACCGCCAGAAAUAAAAGCAGCCCUGAAGACAGAGACAGUGGGGUGAAGUCAGUCUCCAGAUUUCAAAGUGGGAGCCCCAAACCAUCAGCAACACAAAAAGUAAAAGAAGCUGGCAGAGAUUUCACUUACUUGAUUGUUAUCCUCAUUGGACUUGGAGUUACAGGUGGGCUACUGUACGUAGUGUUCCAGGAGCUGUUCUCAUCCUCAAGCCCAAACAAAAUCUAUGGGAAAGCUUUCAACAAAGUCAAAUUGCACCCAGAGGUAAUUGGUGCAUUUGGGGAGCCAAUCAAGUGUUAUGGUGAGACUACCCGUCGAGGAAGGAGGCAGCAAGUCAGUCAUCUGGAGUACCUGAAGGAUGGAUUGAAGCAUAUGAGACUGAAGUUCUACAUCGAAGGGUCAGAGCCAGGCCUCAAAGGGACUGUACAUUCAGAAUCAAAAGAGAAUCCUGAAACUGGAAAGUAUGAAUUUCGUUACAUAUUUGUGGACAUAGACACUUAUCCAAGACGGACCAUCGUUGUCGAAGACAACCGAUAAGAAAGACAAUGGAUUUACCCUCUUAGUGGUGUUAUGUCACUGAUAAAAUGUAAUUAAAGGCAAAGUAUGUUAUAUUUCUCGCUUGUGAUUGUAAAUGAACUGUUGAAACUCAGUGAACAAGGAAGCGAGAGCAGUGGUCAAGCCAGUAAUAGACUGAAUAGAAGAGUGAGCAGCACAGUGAGGGGAGAAAGAAAGAGAAAAAUGUAAUGUUUUGUCUGGAUUCUGAGGUCACAGUGGUUAUAUUCUAAAAACUCAAAUAAACAUAACCCACCUUUGCAAAACUCUAUGGGAAUGUUCCAGAGGCAACUUACAGAUAAAGCACAGGUUAUCUCAUUUCCGACAGGUAUGUUUAAGGCUACAGGCUCAAAGCUCUGUGUGUAGGUGUGCACUUUGCCCAGAGUUUUGUCUCUCAGAACUGUGCCAAAAGAUAAGAGCAUCUGUAAGUGGCGUUUCUGUUUUUAUGUUUUCCACUCCUGUAUGCUUCAUGAAGACAUUAUUGAUUUGCUGGAGACACAAACUCACUGGUUAAACAGUAUACACACUGACAGGAUCAGAAUCAGUGAUUGAGAAGGAUCAUUAUAAGAGUAAAUACUGUUUAGGGAAAAUGUUAAAUACUUGGCCUUCAUUUAGGGGAAAAAAAUUUGUCAUUGGACAAAUAGUGGAGAAAGUGUUAUCAAUUUCCAUAGUAAAUUAUGCUACAUGUGAAACAGGAAUGAUUAUUGUUGGAUUAAAAACUGACAAAAAAUAUGCUUUGCAUUUGGUAAGAGGGUUUAUUAUGCACUCGUGUAUGUUGUUUUCUACAUUAUGUAAAUUUGUGAGUAUGUUUGAUGUGAGUUUUGAUAGUUUGAGCAAAAAUGUCUAGAUCAUCAUUCUAAUUUUCAAGUGAUUUGUAUUGAAGGAAGAUACCCAGUGUUUCAUGUUUUUAUUAAAGUAAAAUAUGUUGAGACAGAUU